AUGCACUGUGUGGGGUUGGGAGUUUGUCGGCAGUUUGCAGGGCUUUGGUUUGACAGUAAAAAUAGCAAUGAAGAAUUUUAUUUUGGAGACCGAAUUGAUGUUGUGGAUAAUUUAAUAACCUCAUUUUUUCCUACUUCAACAUUUUUAAGAACGCCAAGAAAACUAUCCGACAGAGUUCAUUUUAAAGCUCACGAAUGGGUGGCUUUUCUUUUUGUAUACAGUCUACCGAUUCUUAAACUUGUGUUCCCAAAAAAAUUUGUUGAUCAUUGGGCAUUAUUAGUUGACGGCAUUUCUAUAUUAGUCAAAAAGUCUGUUAUGAAAUCUGAAUUAGUUUAUGCUGGUCAAUGCUUACAUGAAUUUAUUACUGGAGUCGAAAGUCUUUAUGGAAAGAAACAUGUCAGUUUUAAUGUUCAUUUACUGGCACAUUUAUCUGAGAGUGUUAAAAACUGGGGACCACUUCCUACUCAUAGCGCUUUUAUAUAUGAAGAUUUUAAUCAGACGAUACAAGAGUAUGUAAAAAGUUCUAAUGGUGUUCAUAUACAAAUUUGCGAUUCAUUCCGAAUAAAAUGCUGCAUUGACAGAUUAUUGAUUAUUUGUCAAAAUCAUCUAAACCACAAACAAAAAAAGUACUUGGAUGAGAUGUUGAAUCGAAAAUCAAGGCCAUCUUCUAAAUUACUACUUGGAAAUGUCGGUGUUUUAGGAAAACCAGUAAUAUUAUCUCAAUUACUCCCGUAUCAACUCACUGCGUUCCAGCGAUCGGAAAUCAUAGUUAAUAAAAAUGGUAUUUUUUUUAUUUACAAGCGAGGAAUAAUAAAUGAGAAGAUAAUUACGAGUACCUCUUACACACGUGAAAAAAAAGAGCAAAUUUUAAUGUUCAAUUAA